AUGGGGAUAAAAAAAUCAACGAGGCUUGCCCCUCGCGGCGCUUCGUCUUCUCCCUCGUUGAAGAAGAACGAGUCUCACGACGCUUCGUCUGAACCAGACGUCCUCAUCGUCCAAUCGAAGAACAAAAGAAUAAUGUAUUCCACGACGAGAGAAAUAAACGUCCAAGAGGUUUCUGAUUUGUGCGAUAAAGUUGGGUGGCCGAAACGACCGGAGGAGAAGCUGAAAAUCGCUCUGGAGAAUUCGUUUUUAGUCGCGCAGAUGUACGUUUGUAGUAGUAGUAACAAUAGUAAUAAUAAUAAUAAAGAAGAAGAGGAAGAAGAAAAAUUAAUAGCGACGUGCAGAGCGACGUCUGACCACGCGUUCAACGCGUGUUUGUGGGAUAUAAUUGUCGAUCCAGAGUAUCAAGGUCAAGGGUUAGGGAAGGCGAUUGUGUCGCACUCGAUACGCGCGCUGUUGGCGAGAGAUGUGGCGAACGUGACGUUGUUCGCGGAUAAAGAUGUGGUGGAGUUCUAUGAACGGUUAGGGUUUGUGACCGAUGCCGACGGCGUGAAAGGGAUGUUUUUGUAUCCAAACGUAGAAGGUGAGUAG